AUGAGUGUGACCCUUUGGGCUGCGGAAGUUAACCAUUUGAUGGCCAAGCUGCGGCUGUGGCGGCCCAGAAGCGGGGGCCCUCCAGGUCCUCCGGAACAAGAGAAGGGCGGCUCCGGAACUUCCUGGGGAGCUGGCAGGGCCGGGGACGCCCCACUGGAGACGCAGAGCCCGCCCGGGGCCCAGGCAGGUGUCCAGGUGGCUGCGAUGCUGCCGACCACAGCGGAGAGGCGGGUCGCCUCGUCUGUCUUCAUCACCCUCGCCCCCCCGAAGCGGGACCCUCUCGCCGCAGGCAGACCCGGGGCCCAGAAGGCCCCCCCUCAGCCCAGCAGCCAUCUUCCGAAGGAGGCGCCGAAGCCGACAGAUCCCAGCCGGGCCCCGGGCCCCGUAUCCGCGGGAGCCGUCCGAGGGGGUGCGGGAAGUGGGCGGGGAGGCCCUGGCGUGCCCAACGGAGGUUGCUCUGCCCUGCCGCCGCCACCUCCUGUCGCCUUGCCUAGUGAUUCCCUGGAAAAUGACCCGGAUGGCCUCUCUUUCCUGCCUCCCCCUCCACCUCCUCCACCUCCCUCAUACUCCAGUCCCUUCUCAGUGGAGAUACGUGCUCCUGAUUUCCAGCAGCAAGCAGAAGUUCUGCCCGGAUCCCUUCAGGCUUCUCUGACGCUUCCGGCAGAUCCGAAGAGGCCCCAAGUCCUGACCUCCACGCUGGGGCGGGCUGGUGAGCCUCAGGCAGAGAGGCAGGCGGAGCACACGCUCGCCACAGAUGUCUGCGCCUCUUGCCACAAGGCCCUUGCCCCGUGGGCCCCCACGCUGGACGCCAUGAACAAGCAGUACCACGCGGGCUGCUUCGCGUGCCGCUCCUGCCACUGCGCCCUGGCAGGGCAGCGCUACUACCAGCAGGAGGGCCGGCCGCUCUGCGCGCCCUGCUACCAGAACACGUUGGAGAAGUGUGGGGCUUGCCGGGACCUGAUCACGGAUCAGAUUGUGUGGGCCAUGGGCCACGGGUACCACCCAGAGUGCUUCACCUGUGCGGCAUGUGGCCGCGCGAUGGGGGACGAGACCUUCGCGGUGGGCGAUGACCACGAAGUGCUUUGCCUGGACGACUUUUACAGGAAGUUUGCUUCCGUGUGUGGUGCCUGUGAGAAGCCCAUCAUUCCGAGCCACGGCAGGGACUCCUACAAGAUUGAGUGCAUGGGCAGGAGCUUCCAUGAGGACUGCUACCGCUGCGAGAGAUGCCAGGUGCUGCUGUCGCCCGAGCCCACAGAGGACGGCUGCUACCCUCUGGGCCACCACCUCCUCUGCAAGUCCUGCCACAUCCGAGAGACGAAGUGACCAUCCUGCCGAGGAGCGAGUCUUUCUGGGCGGUGUGUUUACACUGGCAACCUGCCGUCUCUCCCUCCUGCUUCCAUUUUCUCUUUGAGUCUUCGUAUAAACAUGUAUUUCUGUGUUGAGGUUUAAUCUGGGGACUGAGCGAAGCGGCCCAGGGACUGACUGGUGGGACGCGGGUCAGGCAUUUCCCCAUUGCUGCUUGCGGGGCGUUCCUGGCAUUGACACGCUGCACGGCCUGGGGGGGGGGCUGCCCGGUCUAGGGGGCUUGUGGGAGCCCUCUUCUGCCCCCGGGGAGGCAGGCGCGAGCAGAGCGGCGGCCGGGCACCAUCUGCAGGCUGGGCUCACUCCGUAGGCUGCCAGCUGCUUUCCACACUCCGGGGCUGCCCGAGCAAGAGCAUCGCAUCCUCCUCCGAGCCUGGCCAGGAUCUUGCGGGACUCCCCCACCCUCCUCCUCGCAGCCUUUCCUGAUGACCUGCGUGUGGCAGGUUGAGAAGUCACUGUGAGAAUCGUAGCGUGAGAGGGUAACGCAGGCGAGUACAGGAAAUGACUGGGAGUUUUCUGGGUGAAGCGCUACAAGUUUCUGGUUGACUUUCUCUGCUGUGUAGAACAGAUGAGACAAUAAGGGAAGGAAACGGGGACCCGAGAGCAUUUCAGCCGGAACACGUCUUCAGAUGCAUUAGCUCUGAUCUCUGGCGGGGUAAUUUCCAGCACCCGAAUUCAGUGACCGGCUCAAACGUGAAGUCGCGGCGAGGAUGUGGAAGCUCUGGGGCACGCCUGGGGUGCCCGAGGCCAAGCAGCCCUGGAUCAAGGAUGGAGGGGCCUUCAGGUGCCUGGUGGGAUGCCAGAACUGAGCCGGGGCGUCAGCUGCUUGGUUUUUUCAUUUGGAAAUUAAGCAUGAAUUACACAAGUGCCCCAUCCCUUUGAGCGCCUUGAACGGGGAAAUUGUGACUUGAACGCUUGCGCCAGGCCUUGUACGCGCCGUGCCCCUGGGUGCCUGGAAGGCACAGGCUGGCGCUUGCUUGAACAGAAAAGGCCCUGCAGCCCCCCAGAAGUGGCCGCAGCACCCCACUUGUUCCUGUCCGGGCAGGCACAGCAGCAUGGCCUGAGCGCCCCGGGCGUGUGCCUCUCAGGCCACCAGGGGGCA